ACAGUUUAUGACUGCAGUUUUGAAAGUGGCUUUUGUCAAUGGCAGCAAGCUGUUGAUGACAUUUUUAACUGGACUCGCACUCAAGGACCUUCUGGUACUCAGUCAGCUGGACCCAUCAAUGAUCACACACUUGGAACUGGUCAAGGAUGGUUUGCUUUCAUUGCACCAUCAGAUACUCAGCAGCAGAAUGACACAGCACGCUUACUGAGUCCCCAGAUCACAGACAACACUCCCCGUUGUCUUUCCUUCUAUUACUACAUGUUUGGAGCCAGUGUUAAUCUGCUCAAUGUCUACAUGAAAUCAUCAGGUCAGUCGCAUCUUGGAAACCUCAUCUGGCGAGACAAGGAACACAGGGACUGCAGUGGCUUCAUGCCAAAAUACAAAUUAAGCCUGUAGUGUCAUAUCAGAUCAUCUUUGAAAGCAUACCAGGCUCUAGCUAUUCUGGUGACAUUGCUGUUGAUGACAUUACCUUACCAACAGGAUUAUGUGAAGUCCUCUUUCUAGAGAAUUCCAGAAUUUUUACUUGCGACUUUGAGUCCAGUUCAGACCCUCUCUGUGGCUUCGUUCAAAACACAACAGACAAUUUUGAUUGGAAACAGAGUAAUGGUAGCUCCGGUACAGUAGGAUCUGAACUCUUUGCUGAUCACACUAUGGUACAUUUGCUGGACACUACCUUUAUGCUCAAACAUCUUUACAUCAUGAGAAUGACACUGCCCUUCUGGUCAGCAAGAUGUACACUAACCCUGAUUCUAUCCUGCAUUGCCUGAGUUUUUAUUACCACAUGCAUGGCAGCAACAUUGGCGCUCUUAAUGUCUAUACUAUGGCUCAGAAUCAGAAACUUUCUGCUCCUGUUUGGAAACGGUCCAUUGAUCAAGGAUACCAGUGGAAACAGGCUAAGGUGACCAUUGCCAUAAUCAAUAAAUUCCAGGUGAUUUUUGAAGCAGUUGCUGGAUCCAGUCUCACGGGAUACAUAGCACUUGACGAUGUCAUCAUUAUUGAUGGAGCAUGCCAAAGCACAUCUUCCUGUGACUUUGAGGAAGACCUGUGUCUGUGGACUAAUGUUCAUGAUAGUUCAGAUAAGUUUGACUGGUUGCGAGUACAAGGCAGCACCAGCACCCAGUACACUGGCCCCAGUGCAGACCACACCCAGGGUACUAUCAGUGGUUACUAUAUCUUCAUUGAGAUAAAUCCUCCUCGUCAGCAGGGUGAUAAUGCUCGUCUGAUAUCCCAAGUGUUCCCAGCUUCUCCUGGUAGAGCAUUCUGUAUCACAUUCUGGUACUAUUUGUUUGGGGAUGAAGAUGGUAUCCUCUCAGUUUUAAUUGUCAGCGAUGCCUCCCAUGAUACCAUUAACUCAGAAGCUACUCUCUGGCAACAAGCAGGAAAUGCUGGAAAGACAUGGUAUUCUGGCCAAGUUAAUGUCUCCACAGUUUACACACAAAAACCUUUCCAGGUUUUAUUGGAAGGUGUCAUUGGAAGUGGUUUUAAUGGUAACAUUGCUGUUGAUGAUAUUGCCAUAUUUCCUGGAAAUUGUAGUACCCAGCCUGACACUUCGGUAAUAUCAGGCAUGAGUGAUCUUUCGUGUAACUUUGAUGAUGGAACCUUGUGUUUGUGGAAGCAGAGCAAAACAGAUGACUUUGACUGGACAAUAGCUCGUCAGUCCACCCCAGCUGCAGGUAUUGGACCAGACACAGACCACACUGGCCCUGCUUACUCUUACAUCUACCUGGAAUCUUCAAGGCCUCAGAAGAUCGGCGAUAAAGCAGAUCUCAUUUCAACUGCUCUGCCUCCAACUCCAGGAUUAGGUAGCUGCUUUUCAUUCUGGUACCACAUGUAUGGGCCUAGUGUUGGAGCACUGUCUGUUUACACAACAAUCUAUGGCAGACAAUCCUUGCGUUGGACUCGCUCUGGCACCCAGGGAGAUGAAUGGAAACAGGUCCAGCUGACAAUGAUUAGUAAUGAUGACUAUCAGAAGUGUGUGAUUUUGAGGCAGACAUGUGUGGUUACACACAGCAAUCCUCUCGUCUGUGGUGGAACUAUACUACAGGAGCAGAUCAUAGUGGAAUUUCAGAUCAUACCCUGGGCUCAAAAGAAGGUCAUUAUAUAACACUCUCCAAAUCAGGUGGAUCAACUGAUGUAGGAUCAAUGUUAUCACCAAACUUUACAGCCUCAUCUGGUGAGUGUCUACAGUUCUACUACCACCUUCAUGGCACCAACACAGGUGCCUUGAAAGUCCAGCUG